UUAAGUACGAAUCGUAUUCAUUGUAUUCUGAAUGUUGUUAUAGUGUUUUGUUAAAAUCAUAUAUUUUUUUUAAAUAUAAUAAUAUAUAUGAAUAUAUAAUUUGUCCAUAUCUGCUGAUUUAUAUAUAUAUAUUAAUAGCAUUUAAAUUGGUAGAGAAUUUUUCUAAAAUGGCUGGUACUUCAAGCGAUCAAUCCAUAACCGCUCAAAAAACAUGGGAAAUGACAAAUAAUGUUGAAACUAUUAGCACUGUGGAUGAGAUUUACAGAUAUGAUCGAAAAGAACAACAAGAUAUUCUUGCCGCUAAACCCUGGGAAAAAGAUCCACACUUUUUUAAGGAUAUAAAAAUUUCUGCCCUUGCACUACUGAAAAUGGUAAUGCACGCUCGUUCCGGUGGGACUUUGGAAGUCAUGGGACUUUUGCUUGGCAAAGUAGCAGCUAACACAAUGGUUGUAAUGGAUUCAUUUGCUCUGCCCGUUGAAGGAACAGAGACCAGGGUCAAUGCUCAAGCUCAAGCAUACGAGUACAUGACAGCAUACAUUGAAGCUGCAAAACAAGUGGGUAGGCAAGAAAAUGCAAUUGGUUGGUACCACAGUCAUCCAGGAUAUGGUUGUUGGCUUUCAGGAAUUGACGUUUCCACACAAAUGUUGAAUCAAAAUUUCCAGGAGCCUUUCGUUGCCAUUGUCAUUGAUCCUGUAAGAACUAUAUCUGCUGGAAAAGUUUGUUUGGGUGCAUUUCGAACUUACCCAAAGGGUUACAAGCCAGCGAAUGAGGAACCUUCCGAGUAUCAAACAAUUCCACUGAACAAAAUUGAAGACUUUGGCGUGCACUGUAAACAAUACUAUUCUCUAGAAGUGACUUACUUCAAGUCAUCUCUAGAUAGAAGAUUAUUGGAUUCCUUAUGGAACAAAUAUUGGGUCAACACAUUAAGUUCGUCGAGUCUUUUGACCAACGCCGACUAUACAACUGGACAAAUAUUUGAUUUGUCGGAGAAAUUGGAACAAUCGGAAGCUGCAUUGGGAAGAGGAUUCGUUGUUGGUGGAAUCGAGCCCCACGAUAGAAGCACUGUUGAGAAACUUGUAAAGGCGACACGCGACAGUUGUAAAACAACAAUUGAAGUUAUUCACGGUUUAAUGGCUCAAAUAAUUAAAGACAGACUAUUCAAUCGUGUCGGAGUCAAUAACAUGGAAAGUUAACAUUUUUUAGGAAAAAAAAUUAUUAUUAAUAAUUCGAAUAAGUAAUUUAAGCUAUACUAAGAACGAAAAAUUAUUAACAUUCUUUCACAACAUGUUUUUGUAAGUAUUCAUUAAUAAUAAAUCGAUUCUAUAAUAAAAA